AUGAUGAGCAGUCAGGGCAGCAGCAGAAAGGGAAGUGGCCAGCAUGCUGACACUCCUCUUCGUCAGGCACCAGGACCCAAACUGCAGGUGCAGCGUUCCCACUCUCGUGACACUAUCACCAUUCACUUUUCUGCUCUGGGAAAGGAGGAGGAAGAUGAGGAAGAGGAGCUCUAUAGGUUAUCUGUUGGAUGUGAAGCAGGAGCUCAAAGCCAACCCGCCAGGACUGAUGAGCAAUGUGCUGCAAAAGGCUUGGAGGCAAAAGUGGAGAAAGGGUUUGAAUCUGUGGAGGAGGAGAUCUCAGCAGCUCCACUACCUGCUGCCUCUGCUCUCCUGCCUGAGCAGCCUUUGGAUUCACAUCCACAAACACCUUCUUUUGCAAUUACUGCUAAUCCAGUUUCAGCCCACUCCCACCUGAGCUCCCCUCCUCCUGCCAGCUCCUCCUGGCCAUCAGAUCGCCCAACCCAACCACCCCUGAUUAGUUCCGCUUCUUCUUCUCCUUGUAAGUCUGCAGCCCUCUCCUCUUCCAAGCCUUUUCUCAGCCUUGUUAGAUCUUUGUCAAAUGAUGUCGACUCUCGAGAAACUGCUCCUGUAAUCGUACCCCCACAUGCCCGACACAGACACUUAAUGAAAUCGUUUGUUAAGUCUCUCUCGACGGACACUUCAAAGGGUGAACAUCAGGAAGGGCCUCUUCAACACCCUCCUCAGCACCAGCAGAUACAGCCAACCCACCGCGCUCCGCCUCGUAACAUGCAGCUUUUCAAGCAGUUCUCUCAGCCUCGCUUGUCCUCCUGCCCCGUUGCAGUCACUCAAGCAGGUGGAGACUCCAAAACAGCCCCCUCUUCUCCUAUUAUGUCCCCAGAUGGGAGAUCUUUCUUCAAGGUCCAGGAGGUGGAGGCCAGGAUAGAGGACACCAAGAGGCGGUUAUCGGAGGUGAUGUCGGACCCCUUGCAGCUUUUUAGUAAAAUUAUGGGGGAUGAGUCUGGUAUGGGAGCUGCUGGGAGUGCAGCCCAUCGGGCUAAAUCCCUCUCAUCCAGUGCAUCAGAGCUCAGUGGAGUAACUGCGGUAAAUGGGCACACAGAAGCUAACAACAACUAUAGCAUCAAAGAAGAGGGCGCCGAAGGGGAAGAAGAAGAGGAGACUCCUACGGAAAAGGGCCCCGACUCGUCCUUUUUCUCUUUCCCAUCACUUUCACUCGCACCAGCUCUUACCCAGGCUUCUUCAUCCACCCUCCACAGGUCUCCUUCUCUCACUCUGGGACGCUGUUCCAUGUCAGCCCUCGUGGCUCGACAGGAAGACGAGGACUUCUGUGAACUCUACAGCGAGGACUUUGAGUUGUGUACAGAUACCGAGACACCAGAAGGUGAACAAUCCAUGUUGCAGCAGCCCCAUACUGGAAGCACUGGCUUGGGCAGGGAACUGGACGUAGAGGAUGGGAGACCUGAGGAAGAAAUGGAAAAUGUGCCUGUGGUUGGCCUCGUCUUCUUAACACAGUUGUUGUAUUGUUACUUCGUCCUUCCAGUGCCUCCAUGUGUUUGUUCUGUGCUGCAUGGGAUAGCUGUUGGUUUCAUUCUUGCUCUGCUGGUUCUUUGGCUCUCUGCUCCUCGGUGCUCCUCAUUAGUGACCAGAACAGGGAGAUGGAGGAAAGACCAGCGGAAUAUUUCCCAGCUGGAUGUAAAAGAACCAGGAAUAUUCAAGGGUUGGAUGAAUGAGAUCCACAGCUAUGACCCAGAGAUGUACCAUGCCACCCUGACCCACUCCAUUUAUGUCCGCUUAGAGGGCUCCGUCCUGCGUCUGUCCAAGCCCAACAGGAACAUCUCCCGCCGUGCCGCACACAACGAGCCAAAACCCGACGUCACUUACAUCAGCCAGAAGAUCUACGACCUGACGGACAGCAGGAUCUACCUGAUGCCCCAGAGUUUGGCGAGGAAGAGGGUUUGGAACAAGAAGUACCCUAUUUGCAUUGAGCUGGCCAAGCAGGAGGACUUCAUGUCUAAGGUGGAGGGAGAGCGAUCUGAAGCUGGGGAGGAGAGGACUACUGGGGUGGGUGAGAUGCUUGAACGAACUGAUAAAGCUGAAAGACCUGAAGGUUGCUCAUCAGCGGAGGAGCAGAGAAGACCGACCGCCGGAGGAGGGGAUCUGACAAUCUACUUGUUCGGGAGGACCGGUAGAGAAAAGGAGGAAUGGUUUCGGAGGUUUCUCCAGGCAUCCCAGAUGAAGUCAGAGGGAAGAGGCAGCAGUCUGUCCAGCAUUUGCAAGAGUGCCUUCCUGUCCACUCAGAGCCGCAGUGGCAGCAUCCAGUCGGGUGGAGCCCCGGAGGCUGACAGCAGGGGCAGCAGCAGGGGAAGCCAGGAGGAGUUGUCUCAGCCUCGGCACAGAGAGACCCCUGCCUCUCUCUAUGGGGGCUCAGCCGGAGGGAUGAAGCAGAAGAUGCUGUUGGACUAUAACGUGUACAUGGCCAAAUACGUUAACCCUCAGGCUCCUCCUGGAAGCCCGAGUGCCGCCGACAGCCCCGCGCAGAGUCCUGAGAGCAGCCCCAAAACCACCAAAAAGCUACCCAAGAGUACGGAGGAGGCUGCAGAGCCCGAAGCCUGGGUCAAUGCCUUUCUGGGAAGGAUAUUCUGGGACUUCUUGCGAGAGAAGUACUGGGCCGACGUCGUCUCCAAAAAGAUCCAAAUGAAGCUCAGCAAAAUCCGGCUGCCAUAUGUGAUGAAUGAACUGACUCUAACAGAGCUGGAUAUGGGGUUCUCAGUUCCUAAGAUCCUCCGUGCCUCCAAACCCUCAGUGGACCACCAAGGUCUCUGGUUUGAUCUAGACAUUUCCUACGCAGGCUCCUUUCUCAUGACCCUAGAAACCAAAUUAAACCUGGCUCGCCUUGGAAAAGAAGGCGAAGGGCUCGGGGAGCAUGGAAAAGAAUGGCCAAGGCCACGGACCUACUGUCUGGCCGACAGUGACGAGGAGUCAUCCAGUGCUGGCUCAUCAGAUGAGGAGGAUCCCCCUGAACUGCUCAGUGACAAACCGAAUCUGCCUGCAUCAGAGGGCUAUGUAGGAGGCUACAGGCCCAGCAAGAUCAUGCGCUUUGUUGACAAGAUUGCCAAGUCCAAGUACUUCCAGAAGGCGACCGAGACGGAGUUCAUCAAGAAGAAGAUGGAGGAGGUGUCUAACACACCCAUCCUGCUCACCGUGGAGGUGCAGGAGUGCAGGGGGACGCUGGCUGUCAACAUCCCUCCUCCCCCUACGGACAGGAUAUGGUACGGUUUUCGAAGUCCUCCACACCUGGAGCUGAAAGCACGACCCAAACUGGGCGAGAGGGAGGUCACUCUGGUUCACGUAACGGAGUGGAUCGAGAAGAAGUUGGAUCAGGAGUUCCAGAAAAUAUUUGUAAUGCCAAACAUGGAUGACAUAUGGUUACCUAUAAUGCAUUCUGCCAUGGAUUUGCGCUCCAAUGCCAACUUGACUGUGACAACCGAUGCCUUGAAAGAUCCAGAGCCGGAGGAGUCUGAGGUCUCCGAUACGUGAGAGCAUCAGCAGCUGAAUUAAGAGGAAUCCCAGAGAGACUCUGACUGUGCAGCAGGACACUGAAAAACCUCAAAUGCAGCAACAUAGAGAUCUGGAAUUUAAAGGUGUAAUGAAUCUAGUUUUUAUUUAAAUUAAAAAACAUUCUGGAUAUUAGCCAUAUUAUUUAAUGUUGUCUGCAGUCAUUCAGCUAAAGAAGAUAAUUAUUUAUGUGUUGUUCUGUUGUGUUAAAGAGCAGCGCCGUCAAUGGAAGCUUUUCCUGUCUGCUUCAGAGGUGAAUUAAUGUGUUUUUUUAUGUUCAUACAGGUGUACGUUGGCUUGCAUAUGAGGCAGAAAGUGCCUUUGAGAUAAUCAAAACAUUCCUUCAUAAUGAGCCACCACGUUUUUUGUUCUCGCAUCGGUUAUUGAACUGUUCUUGUGCCAUCGAUGACAUCAAGACAUGCCUGUAGUUUUCAGCCUUCCUUUGCUGUUUAUUUGCAGUGAUGAAGAUAUCAGGCUAUUCUGUUUGCUGAUAAUGCCAAAAUGUUUUGUUCAUUGUGGAUCAAUAAAAAACAAUUUACUUGGAAAUAAAACAGUGUUCAGCUUCUUGGAAAAAAA